AUCUGAAAAUCGAAAAGAACUUCUCCCUCAAGCACUCAACAAUGGCGGCCCCUAGGUGAAGACGGUUUUAUUUGUCAGAUUUCUCAUUAAAAUGUUUCAGUCAUCAUUGAAACGAGGUGUAGCAAGCUGCAUAUUUGGAAAGUUAGCAGAAUAUGGGGGACAGUUUAGGCUGGCAUUUGCUGCAUGCAAGUCUAGUUCAACCACAGAUAAACGUCUGGAUGAGAUUCCAACACACGCUCGGAGGGUAAAGAGGCCAAAUAUCCGGUUCCUAGCUCAAGGCAUAGACUUCAACAAGUAUACACAUAAACCACUGCUGUUCCCUAAAACUGGAGGCCGGAACCCUGUUGAUGGCAAAAUAAUGAACGCUCGAAUUGGAGGGGGACAUAAACAGCGUUAUCGAAUGAUCGACUUCACUAGAAUUGGUAUUGGUGAAAAUAAGCCUCUGGAGGAGAAAGUCAUUCAGAGACGGUACGACCCUCUGCGAUCAGCGGCCAUUGCCCUGGUGGCCAGCGGAACACAUAAGAGGUGGAUUUUAGCAUCGGCGAAGGUGAAGGUUGGAGACAUUGUCAGGAGCUACAAUGACAUUCCUACAGUGCCAGUCAAUCCUGUCGAUGGGGACUCACACCCUCUAGGGGCGCUUCCGAUCGGUACGAUCGUCCACAAUGUGGAAGAGUACCCGGAUAUUGGCGGCGGAAUCGCCCGGGCCGCUGGAGCCUCCGCGACAAUCAAGCAAAAAUUGGCGGACUCGGUUAUCAUUAAGAUGCCGUCAGGCCGCGAGGCUAAGUUGGACGUUCGUUGUAAAGCGACUGUUGGAAAAGUGGACGUACCGGUCACUCAUACCAAGCCGAUAGGGUCACCAAAUAGAAACCGUUGGUUUGGUAUUCGGCCGAAAUCGGGCCUGUGGCACAAGAAGACUGGAUAUAAUGGGAGAAAGAUUAAGCCUCCGAAGCCGAUGGUGGUGUAUGAGAAGAAAACGCAGAGUGUCAUGCACAUGUUUGAUGGCUGAUAGUUAUUGUUUAAUUUUAUAAAUGUAGUUUUGUGAAUAAUAAAUUUUAAAUACACAA